AUGGUUAACGUUUUCAAUCCACAGAUUUUCUUUAUUGUAUUCAGAGAAUCAUUGGAAGCUGUGGUUGUGGUUUCCGUGCUUUUAGCAUUCUUGAAGCAGGGACUUGGUUCUGCCACAGAUGAUCCUAAAACUUAUAAGAGACUACGUCGACAAGUUUGGCUAGGGUCUAUUCUAGGAGUUAUUGUCUGUUUGAUUUUAGGUUGUGCUUUUAUUGGUACUUUCUAUUCUUUAGGUAACGAUAUCUGGUCUAAAUCUGAAGAUAUUUGGGAAGGUACGUUUUGUAUCAUUGCUACUAUAUUGAUCUCAAUGAUGGGUAUCGCGAUGUUGAGAAUCAAUAAGAUGAAGGAGAAAUGGAGAGUCAAGUUAGCAAAAGCCUUAAUCAAGACACCAGCAAACAAAAGAGACAGAUUUAAAAUCGGUUAUAUUUGUAAGAAAUACUGUAUGUUCAUCUUACCUUUCAUUACUUGUUUAAGAGAAGGUUUGGAAGCAGUGGUUUUCGUUGGUGGUGUCGGUUUAUCCAGUCCUGCAACGGCAUUUCCUAUUCCGGUUAUUACUGGUUUAAUUGCUGGUAUUGUGGUUGGUGCCAUCUUGUAUUUUUCAGGUUCUACACUCUCUAUGCAAAUUUUCUUGAUCUUUUCCACUGGAAUUCUUUAUUUGAUCUCAGCUGGUUUAUUUUCAAGAGGAAUUUGGUAUUUUGAGAACUAUGUUUAUAACCAGAAGACUGGAGGUGACGCUUCCGAAAACGGAUCUGGACCUGGUACAUAUGAUAUCACCAAAUCGGUUUGGCAUGUUAAUUGCUGCAAUCCAGAAAUUGAUAAUGGUUGGGAUGUGUUCAAUGCCUUGUUAGGAUGGCAAAAUUCUGCAACCUACGGUUCUGUUAUUUCUUAUAACAUUUACUGGCUUGCACUUAUUGCUACUAUAGCCUUGAUGUUGUUCGAAGAAAAGCAUGGACACUUGCCGUUCUUGAAGAAUGUUACUAUGAGACUGUUGAAUCCUAUGUACCACCUCAAGAAGAAGAAGAAGAACGAGUUAUCCAAAGAAGAACAAGAUGCUUUGUUUGAGCAGGUUAAACACGUCAACAUUGGUGAGGAUUCUAUUGCAAAUGGAGCUGCUGAUUCUGGAGAUUCUGGAUCUUCAAUUGCUAAGAAGGAAGAAAUCGUUGAGAGUGCUGAAAAAGCAUCAUCCUGA